UUCCAAAUUAACCUUUUCGAAUAUCAAAAAAGAAAAAUCAAUGUGAAAACCUAUUUCAGUUUUCCUGAAUGGAGCACGAAGGAAAGAGGAAGAGAAAAUUAAAGAGAAUGGUGAAGCAGCUAUCGGAGAGUUCUUUAGGAGGAGGGUCAAGUGGAGGAAGCAUCCUAGGCUUAGCAAUCAGCUCCGUCACCCCCUUCCUGGUCUUGGCCUUGGAGUCGCCACCUUCAGCAUCUACCUGGUCGAAAACUUCGUCGAAUAAAAAACAAAAAUUUCACUGUCCUUUGUUUUGAUUUAGGUUCUGUUUUUUGUUCUUUUCGUGUUUUUGUGUUAUGGCUGUGCUUUUGAAUGAGAUUGUGCAAUCCAUUGAGCAAUGUUUGAAGCUGAUCAAGAAGCCCCAGCCGUACAUUGACCUGACUCUGGACUCGGUAUUGUUGGUGCCUGGUAUCACUAGUUUGGUUUUAAAGGCGGUUGAUGGUGAAAAACGGUAAAGAGGAGAGGGUUUGGGUUAGAAUUAUUGCUGCUGAUUACAAGUUCUGGACUAAGCUUUGCUCUCGAUUUGAUCCUACUACUGGUAAAACUGAGUCUUUAUAUCCUAAAACAAUUAUUCCUGUACCUAAAGACAGAUAUGGACUUCAUGUAAUUGAAACUUUGGAGCCUGACAUUGAGAAACUUCCAGAUUUCCUUUGUAGAUAUUUCUUACUAUCUUGGUUUUGGAGGAUUACCCGCAUCCUUCUAGAAUCCCAAACCCGUUGUUGAUAUCCUCAACAGUUCCUUCCUUCUAUCUUGCCAGUUUUGGUGUUUAUGUUGCUCAAAGUGUAAUCUGAAUAUUUAUUCUAGUUCAAACUAAAGCUCAAAUUACUAGUUCUAAUGGCAUCUUAUGGAGUAUAUGUAGGCAACAUUAGGAACUUUUGUAUUAUAAUGAGCGGCCCAUCCUAUUAAGUGGCAUCUUUAAUAAUGUAUUUAUUUGCAUGCUUUUACUACUUGGUUUAUGCAAACAAGUUUCACCUUGAACUAUAUGUCUCUGGAGGACUUUUAGACAAAAAACACACCAAAACGAAGAGAAAAAAAAAUGAGAAGCGUGAACUGGUGUGAAAACUUGUCUUCAUUCAUUCAUGGACGUAACAUAUAAACACAAGCUUACA